AUGGCGGUCGCGACGGCGGCGGCGGCGGCGGCGGGGGUGCCGGUGGCCGUGGCGGCGCUGAGCUACCGCUUCGUCCCGAAAAGGGUCUGCUUCAGCUUCGCGGCCUACGCCAAGAGCGUCAUCUACCACCUCGCCUCCUGCGACGUCCCCGUCCUCGAAGGGCUCACGGCGGCCGAGUUCGACUGCCUGGAGUCCGCCUUCUCCUUCGCCUUCCCGCCCGACCUCCGGGAGAUCCUCCAGGAGGGCCUCCCCGGCCGGUGCCUGAUCAAGGAGGUGUCGCGGAGCGACUUCUGGUGCGACGCGUGGGGCGAGAGGCCGAGCGGUCGCGACCGGGCGGUCGAGUUGGCGGAGAGGUUUUUGGAGGAAGCGCCGGCUCUGGUGCCAAUUUACCGGAACUGCUACAUCCCGGCGUCGCCGAACGCCGUCGGCAACCCGGUGUUCUACAUUGACGGCGGGGACGUCCGCGUGCUGAGCUUCGACCUCGCCGGAUUCUUCCAGGAGUUCGAGUGGUUGCGAAUCGGCGUCUUCCGGCCGGCCGGGAAGUUGCCGCCGAUGAUCGUCACGCCGGCGUGGGCCGCCACGGCGCCGCGGAGGAUCGAGUUCUGGAGCGACGUGGCGGAGAAAGGUGGGAGAAGGGCGCCGGCGCCGGCGCCGGAGCCGGCGCGGGUGAGCACAGGCGGGUGGUGGUCCGCCGGCGGCGGUGGCGGCGGCGGCGAACUCGGGGCGUGCUUGGACGAGGCGUUCUGGAGGCUGAGGGACGGAGGGUGGAGGGAGGAGGAGGUGAGGGAGAUGAUGGGGAUGGGCGGCUGCGAUGGGAUGGUGAAGGUCGGGGGCGACGUGGCGAGAUCCGACGGAAGCGUCGCUCGGCACGUGACAGCCUGGUCCUUGGAGUUAUUGCGUGCGGGAUGGAGCAGGGAGGAUGUGGUGGAGUCGCUUGGGAUCAACGUCGACGAAGAGCGCGAGGUCGGCGUCUGCGAUCCUCAUGAUCGGGGCUAA